AUGCAGAUCACCGCAGCAUUCCUGGCUUUGGCCGGCCUCGCGACUGCAGCUGUCAAGCGUGGAGCACCAGCUUACGGUUAUGGCUCUUCGUCUAGCUCAUCCUCGCCUGUCGCUCCGAUCUCUCCGUCAACAACGAAGCCGACAUCUGUCUCGCCAGUCUCGCCAGUCUCGCCAGUAUCCCCAGUGUCACCCACGAGCCCAUCAUGCGUCACGCAGACAUCCAGUGUCUGCAGUCCGGUGUAUUCCACCAGCAUCAAGACUUCCUCGACCCCUGUCGUGUCCACCCAGGUGAGCACUAGCAUGCAGGCCAGUGUGAUCACGAAGACCGUCACUAGCACCUACGUUUCGUACUCAACCAUUCUGACGACCGUUAUGACCACCGAGACCGGUUGGGAGACAAAGACCGUUCCGACGACGAUUACGACUUCGACGAUCAUUUGUACCACGAAGCCUGUUACCAUCACUACCAGCACUACUUCGCUUUCAGAAUGCCAUACAACUUACCCACAAUCGACGUCGAUCAUUAGCACUUUGACCGAAACUGCAUCUGGCCCAACUGUCUUGACAACGUCCAGCGCCAUUUACUCCACGAUUACGAGUACUUCUGAGCAGAUGCUCUACAGUACGAUGGUUGCCACAACCUCGUCCUGCUCUCUCAGCUCUUUCUCCAGCUGCAAGGCUCCAGAAACUACACCUACGUCUCAGCCAACCACUCCGAAAACAUCAUCUUCGCCUGUCGCACCUACCACGGUCCCAACGACGACACCGUCUUCGAGCAAGCCGGUCACAAGCUCUACGACCUCCCAAUCUACCACCACGUCCUCUUCGUCUUCACCAAGUUCCCCUACGACCGUUCCGACCACAAAAACAUCCAGCAGCACGUCCUCCCCAACGAUCCCGGCAUAUUCCAAGCCGGCUGUUACCACGACUUCCUCCAGCUCACCCAUUUUACCCACUAGCAAAUCCCCUUCGAGCUCAGCGACCAUCCCGGCAUACUCAAAGCCGUCAUCCGGCACACCCGUUAUACCAACCAGUCAUGCUAGCAAAUCCUCUUCGAGCUCGGCGACUAUCCCUGCAUACUCCAAACCGUCAUCUACUUCUUCAGCCCCUACGCCUGCUGUCUAUAGCUCCAAGACAUCAACUUCUUCGGCUACACCUUCUGUGUACACAUCCAAGCCCUCCUCUUCCUCGGCGGUGACAGUGCCAUCGACUUACUCCCACUCCUCUACCGCGGCACCGAUACCCACGACGUAUCAGUCGAAGAGCGUCUCAGUCUACUCAAAGCCCACUUCUAGCUCGAGCGCACCUGUCAUGGUCUCAAAGCCAACCACCAUCGGUGGCUAUGGCAGCUACUCUUCAAGCACAAAGGCCUCGAGCUCCGCUCCAUCAUCGAGUAUCACGGCCCCAACAACAAAUUCAGUCAAACCUAGCUCGUACACGCCGACCUCAAGCUCUACCAAAUCGACCAUCGGUGGAUACGGCGGCUACUUCAAUGCCCCAUCACCAUCAAGCAGCAGCAGCAAAGCUUCGGCUACGACUUCAAGCACCAAAGUCUCUAGCACGACUGUUACGAGCAAGAGCAGCCCACCCAGCUCCUCGUCUGAGCGCCCAACAGUAUACGCUUAUGGCUACGGACCAUCCUCUUCUAGCACAAAGAGCUCUUCGUCUUCGGCACCAGUCUCCUCAGUCAAGGCUUCCUCGGCUCCACAAGGAUACACUUCGUCUAAGCCGACUUCUUCAGCACCCGCACCCACAAGCAAGAACUCUUCCGCACCUCCCGCUUACAGCAGCGUAAAGCCAUCUUCCGGCAUGCCUCCAUACUCUAGCGUGAAGACAUCCUCCGUACCAAGCGCAUACACAAGCGUCAAGACAUCUUCCACACCGCCCGUGUAUCUUACCAAGACGACGACCUCCACCUGGGCUCAAACCUCGACUCUGCGUCCUGGUGCCAACGCUCCCGGCGGCUAUGCUCAGAAUAACGGCUGGUAG